UGUUAGAAUCAGCUGUUUUUGGACUGUUGUCGCGUGCAAUUGGUUUUUUUAAGAUUUUGUUUUAGUAAAUUUAGAAACCUAUUAAAAAUGCAGUGCACUCGUGCAGUUGCAAGACUGGCCAGCGGCAUGGUCAGAACCGCACGGGUAACCCAACAGCCAAGUAAACAGACUCCAGCAAUACUGGGAGUAUUUGAGCAGUCCUGCCGCUUGUGUUCUUCUACCGGUGUUGUUGAUAGUCCUAAUAAAACAAAACCUGGCACAGGUACACCCACAGAAGAAGGAAUUCUAAAGAGAGUGCUUAAUAAAGUGGGCUUUACACCAAAUACAAAAGCGCGCCUUAAGGUAACCAGUCAUCUCCUUUACGAAAGUGUGGCCGAUAAGAUCAACUAUGUGGCUUUCUUCCGCGAUUUCAAUCUGCCAAAUACAUUUAAUUCCUGGUUUUUGGUUACGGAACUCCACGUUUGGCUCCUGCUGAUGCGCUCAAUGGCCGAAGGAUCAGAAACGGGCGAAGAUGGACGCUUCCUGCGCAACUGCAUCGUGGAGGCAAUGUGGGGAGAUGUCAAUACACGCGCCAAAAAGUUGGGAGCCCACAACCCUUCACGCACCCGUCAGCAGAUCGAGACAUUAUCCGAGCAGUUCCAAGCAGCUCUCAUCGCCUACGACGAAGGCAUUAUGUCUGACGAUCGGGUGUUGGCCUGCUCCUUGUGGCGUCGGUUUUUUGAAAUGAACUGCGAUGAUUAUGUGCAGAUCGAGAGACUGGUCAAGUACGUACGCCAACAGGCCGCCAUGCUGGACAGUUUACCGCGCGAUCAGUUCAUCAUUAAACCCAAGGUGGCCUGGGUGGAUCUGGACAAGUGCAAGGUUUAAUUUUAGUUUCUUUUGUUUUUUAAUAAAGUUGAGAGUAUGUGAA